AUGGAUCGUUGUCCAGACGAGGUUCUUCAGCUCAUCCUAAACGACUUAUCAGACCCAAGCGCGUUUGUCAAGGUUAACAAGCGCCUAUAUGCGCUUUCACGCGUUCCAUAUACUCGCGCCAGCUACCUACUUGCGCGGCAUGGGCUCGCAGAAGUGUUGUUUCAUGCCCUGGGGCGGGCAGACAUCCUCACCGGGCGCGUUCUCGAAAUCUUGAUGUCGUCCGGCGCCCUAGUCUCUCGCUAUCUUGUACAACUUGCUGUGCGGCACUACCAUCACAGUCAGGUCUCAUUCGUCCACCAACCUUGGGUCCGCGCGCUACCGUUCGCCGUCUUCGUCCAGUUCCUCUCCCUUGCAACUUCGAAGCUUGGCACGGAAUUCACAAUACCAAGAAGGCGAGAGUUGGACGAUGGGGAAGUGUUCCAUUGUUGGGCUUCUCAGCGCUGGAAUAAAGCUGGCACAGACGCGGAAAAGGAAAAGAGGCUAGAAGUCGUGCAUAUACUCGGUGAUUGGAAGCUUCAACCGCUCUGCGCGAAGGACCCAAUCGCGUCAGACUUCUCACUCAUUCUUGCGUGUGAGCCGGCUCUACUCCUGUUGGCGAUGAAGAAUGGGUAUCUAGUUGACUCUACGUAUCGAGACUUCAUCUUUCGCCAGAUGUUUCUAGGGCUCAAGGGCUCGAAACCAGCCGUGAAGGAGAUGAGCGUACGCAUCCUUCUUGAGCUAUGCCGAUUCCAAAAUGCAUCGUUCUUCUUAUCACGUACAGUCGCGGCGGAGGUCCUCAUGGACUGCGUGAGUAAUGCGGAAGCGUAUAUUGUCUUAUGCGCGCUUGGCCGUGAAGGGCGACUGAAGUUUGACUUACUAACACUCGCGGUGGACUUGAUCAAGACCUUCGCUACUACUCGCUCGGUGACUGACCCAGGCCUGGCCGCCUCUGUCCUCCGCAUCUUCUCCGAUCUUCCUGACACUCUUGUCAACGACCCGGAAGUUCGCCAUGUACUCUUCGUCGUCGUUUUCUCGUCCACGGCGUCCGCUACAGCCGCUCGCGCACGUUUCAUUGAACUCGGAUGCACCGGCUUGGAAACCAAUACACCUGUCUCUACCGGCGCCGCGCGUAUGGAACCCAUCAGGCCAGAGGAGCUAGUCGAAGUCCUCGCCAGCCCGUUCAUAUCUUCGCGCCUAUGCAGCAUCGGCGCGUACGCGUACUUAUACGCCCGGUUUGAACCGCAAACGAUCUCUGCGAUGCUUCAGCAAGCGGCCGUGAAGUGCCUUGGACUAUCAUGUAAGGGCGAGAUGCUCGAAAUGCUGGCUAGGAGCGCUCCUAGCUGGAGGAAGUUCAUCGCAGAUGAGCUUCUCAAACAACCAAGGGUCGAUCUCGACGCCAUACCUUCGGGUGAAGCUGCAGCCAAAUUCGUCGCUCCUUUGGCUCGAUCUGAUUACGGAUCGCCGUCAACGGAUAAGGACGAUCGUUCUGAGCUGGGCACAAUCACACAGAUGACGCUAUCGGCUUCAGCCGCGCUCGAUCUUGUGAUCCCACCUGAUAUGCGGUACCGGUUUGGUAUCCCCAGGAAGGGCGCUACGUUCAAGCGGCUUCCCUGCUCGAACGAGUACCGAGACUCGCAGAGUACGCAGCCGCAGAACGUUCCUCUUCGCCUAGACGAAUGGGUAGCGGAGGCGUAUGGGCCACGCAGCAUGGAGGCGGCAGUGAUUGCGGAGCAUGCGGUCGCGAACUGGGUCGACCCGUACGUCGAGCGACAGGAUGCGAAGGAAGAAAAGUGCUAUUGGUGGGAUCAGGAGAAGCGCGAGCGUGUUGAGGAGAGGACGCGCCAAGCACUUGGGAAAGACGUGCCUAUGACGAUGAAGCACUGGAGGAUCUUGGCCCGGCUGGGAAAGGAACCGGAUUACGAUUUCUUUUCCCGGAUCUCCCACGGCGUCCCUUUCUACGAAGACGCAGAAGACUACGUCGGUCAGACAACGAACUCGCCGACGCUCGACUCCUCCACUGCUCCUGCGGCAGGUGUAUGCGAGACGCUUGCGGAGGAUGAAGAUCGCAAGGCGCAGGAACAAGCGCUCAGGGUCGCAGAGAGAAUCCGGAACCACGGUCUAUGGGUCAAGGCGCUGGGAGCACUUUGCAGAGAGGAGCUUCGUGCGCACAGCGAACGGAGGAAGCAGCUUGGGCUCAAACGCGCCGCCAAGUCGAAAUUUCUUGUGACGCUGGAGAAUUGCUUGUCCGACUACCGACAAUCAGAGAGGGAUAAGAAAGCUCGCAAACGACAGCAACUGCUGAAGGAGAACCCGACGGCGUACAUCGAUCUGUAUGGUGAUAUCGUACCGAAAGAUCACGCUCGCGAUGAGCGUCCAGCGAAGAGGCGGAGGAAGGAGUAA